AUGCCAAUAAAAGAAUCAUUUAAAAGAAUAAAAUCAGAUCAUCAAAAUCAAAAUCAAGAUCAAAUAAAUUAUGUUGAUGAAAAUGUUAAAGAAAAUUUAAGUACUUAUUAUUUAGUUAAAAGAAUAUCAUUUGAAUAUUCAUUUAAAGAAUUUUUAAAUUCUGAUCAAUAUUUAUCAAUUGAUACUUCAAUUAUAUUCUCAAAAAAUAUAAUGAAUGCUUUAUACUAUUUACACUCUAAUAAUAUUAUAUAUGCUGAUUUAAAACCAUCAAAUAUUUUAAUUGAUUCAAAAGGAAUAUUUAAAUUAAAUUCAAUAAAUAAUUCAAUUUUAAUUGAAAAUAAUAAUAAUAAUAAUAAUAAUAAUAAUAAUAAUAAUAAUAAUAAUAAUAAUAAUAAUAAUAAUAAUCAACAAAUAAUGAUAACAUCAAGACAACAAAUAUUUAAUUUAUAUAAUAAUAAUAUUGAUAAUGAUAAUAAUAAUAAUAUAAAUGAAUCAAUUUAUUAUUUAUCACCAGAGGUUUUAAAAGGAUAUACAUAUAGUUUUUCAUCAGAUAUUUGGUCAUUUGGUGUAUUACUAUUUAAAUGUAUAACUGGAUAUUAUCCAUUCUACUCUAAUGAUGCAACCAAAUUAAUAGAGUCAAUAAUAUACGACAAUUAUUUAGAUCCAAUCAUUAGAUUACCAUCUGAUAAUAAUGAUUUAAUACAACAACAACAUUUCAAUGACUUAAUUUCAAAAAUUUUAGAGAAAAAUCCUCAAAAAAGAAUAACAUGGCCAAAAUUAUUUAUUCAUCCAUUUUUCAAAAAUCAACAAACUCAACAAGUAAAUGAAAUUAUAAAUAAAUCUUCAAAUACAACUUUACAACUUUUAAAUAAAUCAUCAUCAUCAUCAUCAUCAUCAUCAUCAUCAUCAUCAUCAUCAUCAUCAUCAUCAUCAUCAUCAUCAUUAUCAUUUCAACAACAACAACAACCAAAUAAUAUAUCAUCACCAAAUUUAGAAAAUCAAGUUAUUAGGUUAAAUAAAGUGAAAAUUCCACCAUUAAAUAUUUCACAAACAAAUAGUUUAAAUGAUUUUUCAAAUUUAAUUGAAAAUAAUAAUUUUACAAGAUUAAUUAGUGAAUUCGAUCAUUCAAUUGAUUUUGAAGCUUCUCCAAUUAUAUCUCCAAAUAGACCAUCAUCACCACCUUUAUCAUCUUUAUCAUCUUGUUCUUCCUCUUCUUCUUCUUCAGUUCCAAUAAUUUUUAAUAAAACAAUUAAAGAUUUACAAUUGUUAAUUAAUAAUAAUAAUAAUAAUAAUAAUAAUAAUAAUAAUAAUAAUAAUAAUAAUAAUAAUAAUAAUAAUAAUAAUAAUUAUCAAGAAAUUAUUGAAUAUUUUAAUUUUAUAUCAAAAUUUAUUAAAACUAAAACUACAAUUAUUACGAAAUUAACAUUAUUAAAUUAUUUAAUAGAUUUAUUAUUAUUAUCAAAUAAUCAAUAUUCAUCAAUUAUUGAAAAAUUAUUAAUAAUAAUAAAUGAACAUACGAUAUUAAUAAAACAAUUAGUACAACAAAUUAAAAUUUCAAAUGAUACAAUUAUAAAAGUAAAAAUUAUUCAUUUAUUAGGUAUAAUUAUUGGAAAGUCAAAUAACCUAUCAAUAAAUUCAAAAGAUUCAAUAAUACAAUUAUUAGAAUACUUAAAUAAUGAAAUAUCAUCUUUUAAUAAUAAUAAUAAUAUACAAUUAUCAUUAAAAAGGAAAUUAGUAUCAACAUUUGGUGAAAUUUUAUUUUAUUUUUCAACAUUGGAUGAAAUUACACUUUCAACUAAAUGGGGUAUACUUUCAUUAGAGAAAUAUAUAAACACAUUGUUAAAUUUAUUUUUAAUAAAUGAUUCAUCAUCACCAUCUUCAUCACCACCACCAUCAUCGUCAUCAUCGUCAUCGUCGCCAUCAUCGCCAUCAUCUACUUCACCAUCAUUAUUAUCAUCAAUACCAAAUCCAUCAUUAUUUCCACAAAUUUCACUUAGUUCAAUAAUAACAACAAAUAAAGCAAUUGAUAAAACUAUAUUAUUAUAUUUAAUUAAAACAUUUGAUAAUCUAUUAAUAACACGUCCAAUUUAUAUAAAAUAUUUUUCAAUUAAAAGUAAACAAUUAUUGAAUCAAUUUUUAAAAUAUAUAAAGGAUGAUAAUAAUUUAGAAGAUGAAUUAAAUAAUAAUAUAAAAAUUUCAUCAAGUUCAGCAUUUUAUAGAAUAAUUAAACAGCAACCUAUUUUAUCACUAUCUUUAAUUGAUAAUUGUAAUGAAAGUGUAAUGAUUAAUAUGAUUGAUUUAAAUCAACAUUGGAGAGUACAAAUAUCAUUUUUGAACAUUUUAUUCAUUUUAAUUACAAUUAAUAAUAAUUUCAUUGAUGAUAAUAAUAAUAUUAAUAAUAUUAAUAAUAAUAACAAUGAAUUUAUAAAGAAAUUUUUAGAGAAAUUAUAUAACCAUUAUAUUAAUCAAAAGAAUCAAAUUAAUCCAAUAGUUUUUAAAAAAUCAUUUAUAUUUUAUUCAAUUUUAAAAGAUUUUAAUAAUAAUAAUUUUAUUAAAAUAAAUUAA